GAGUAUAGAGCUAUGUAAAAAGUGUGAUUAAACGUCAGACACAAGAUUAAACGUUCCUUAAAGAUAAAAUAUGUUUAUUUUCAACAAGUCAGAAUAUGGACAUGCUUUUAAGCUUUUAAUGACGUGACAUACGGACGCGCGCUUCCACAACUGACGCACCGCGCGCACAGUAUUGACAAGAAAAGAGUUGUGAAACUUUCUAUCUCGUAUGGAGUUAUAACGUGAAAUAAUGACAAAGACUGGCUCAUCAUCUCAUCUGCAGCAGAGACUGUUGUAUCAGAAGGACAGCGCGUUUGUUUGACGCACUUUUCACUUCAACUGUGUCUGACAGGAGAAUUUAGCUUUCUGAGCCUUCUAGCCGUGGAGUUACCAUGGCAACCGCGUACACAUCAGCUGCUGGAGAGGAGAGGACUCGUCUGACAUGUUCUCUGUUUCUCGUCAGUUAUACCAAAGAAAAGGCCAACAACUGCGACAGAUUUCUCUGCUGCUGCUGGCAUCCACAGCCUCAGCCUCACACUUCUAUGGAGGAUCAAUGUCCUUCAACUCCAGAAAGAACACUGAUGGCACCUAUAGUGUGGAUAUCCGCUUCAAGGAGGCCUAUCAUAGCUGUUAUGCAACUGACUCCUGGACGUGCAGGUCUGGAAAUUGUGGCAAUAGAACCUCUUUUGUGGGUGGUCAAGUGGACACCAGUCCCAAUGGUGGUAGCUGGUGCCAGACUGAGGCAGUGGUGAAAAGAACCGUCCCCAACAAUAGCCCAUUUCAGCUGCAACAAAGUGGUUGCUGCUGGAUCUAUACCUUUUAUGACAUGUAUGGUGGAAACUGGGGACUUCUCACACAUAUUGACCUCGGAGAGAGAUCUGACACCUCUAAACCCAACACAUCUCCAGUCGCUACCACUCUUCCCAUUGUAAGAGUUCCUCAGAACUGCGCCAGGAACUACAAUCUUUUGUCCUGUGAUCCAGAUAAAGACAAGGUCAGGUGUAGAUAUGGAAAUAGUUCAGCAAAUGAGUGUGGAAUAUGCCACCAACCUGCAGGAUUCAAUUUGGACCAGAGCACCUGUACUCUGUCAAACUUUGUCAAUGGUUCACGUGGUUUUUAUGCAUUCGAGCUGGUCAUGGAAGACUAUCCCACCCAGAACAUAACACUAAACUACACUGCCAUGGCCGCGGAGGUCAGAUCUCCCUUCAUUAAUUCAUCUUCCAAUCCACCAUUGAGCAAAAUACCUCUCCAGUUCGCAGUAGAAGUGGAAGCUCCUGCACCAUCUUGCAUCGAGGGUGAAUAUCUACCUCGGUUCAUCCACCCAACACCUAAUCAGGGAGAACAUCUACAGGCUCGUGUCAAUCAGGAGCUAGAGAUCAGAGUAAAGGCUACUGCAACCUUCUCAAGGAUCAGUGAUGUGGUCUUUAGUGGACCUCUGAAUAGCACAAAGGAGACCACCACCACUGAGGAGUUUGUGAUCAACUGGACACCAACGUCAGAGAAUUAUGGCCAACAUUUUCCAAUUUGCUUCAUUGCAGAGGGGCAAAAUGGGUCCAGGAACUAUCAAUCUGAGAUGAGGUGUGUAAUUGUUGUGGUGGAGGCUGCAGGUCCAAUAGCACAAGUGACCUGUACUAAGGACAAAAUGUCAGUGUCAAUAGAAAGAGCCACUAUUUCGGGCCUUCAUGGAGAUCACUUGCGGCUGAACAACAAUGCUUCCUGUGCAGUUUCUUCCAACGAGACGCAUGUGUUUACAACUUUCUCUCUAAGCGGAUGCGGUACUCAGAUUGAAGAGACUGAUGAACAUAUUUCCUUCAAGAACACAAUUGUUACCUAUGAUAAUCCAAACCACAUCAUAACCAGGAAAAAUUUAUUCAAAAUUGAGGUUAUGUGCAAAUACCAGAAAAAGAGCAGCAUCACCACGAGGUUUGAUGCUCACAGGCCAGCCGUCAACUUCACAGAGAGAGGAUUCGGCUCAUUCAGCUAUCAGUUUGAGUUUUAUCAGUCUGGUUCCUUCAUAAACAAAAGAAAUCCCAGCAGCUACCCACUGGAUUACAACGUUGGAGAAAGGAUCUACAUGGAGAUCGCCCCUGUCAGUGUCAUACAAAACACUGAGGUCUUCCUUGAGUCCUGUGUAGCUACACCCUAUGAUAAUCCUAAUUAUCCCAUCUCUUAUCCCAUCAUCACAAACGGAUGUGGGGUUGAUGAAACUGUUAUCAUCCACACAAGUCACCAGCCCAGUGUAAAGUUCAGUUUGGAGGCUUUCAAGUUCAUUGGACAAUAUGACCAGGUGUUUAUCAGCUGCUUCAUUAUGAUAUGUGAAGCUAACAAUCCCAACACACGUUGCACUAAGGGAUGCACCAAUGGCACACAGGUUGCACCACCCUCACAUGUUCACAAAAGAGAAGCAGCCAUCCAGACUGACAUCCACUUCAUCUCCCAGGGACCACUGCGGCUGAAGAGGAGUGCAUCAUUUUCUGAUGCCAUCAGCCAAAGCUUGAACAUGAACCUUGUUUCCGUGGCCGGGUGUGUCGUAUCAGUAGUUUCCAUGGUGUGUGGAAUGAUGGUCUACAAAUCCAGGGGAUCAAAGGGGAACCAGACAUGGACGUCCUCUGUCUCCGCUACUUUUUGCGUUAGCAGUGGAACCCCUGGCCAUAGCAAUACGGGCAAAUGAAUCCAUAUCUGGACUAGAGGUCACCGUAGCCACCAGAUCCAGUCUGUAUCCAGAUCGUAGGGUCAAUGCAGUCAUCCGGAUCCAGUAUAUAUCCAGAACAAAUGGUGGAUCAGCAUCUAGAAAGGCUCUAUAGCCCUGAAAGACAGAUGGAGACCAGGACAACUAGAGCCUCAGACACAGAUCCCCUGUAAAGACCUUGUCUCAGAGGAGCACCAGGACAAGACCACAGGAAACAGAUGAUUC